AUGUCGGUCCCGCAUCCACUUGUCGCAAAACCGUCCGCGGCUGCUGCUGGCGCCGGUGCUAUAAAACCAACCGUCCGCUCCCUCGUCCCAACUGCUGAACACCAACGUGUGCAACGACUGAAACACGAUAGUGGCAUCUACAAGCGGAGCUCUAGGGUAUGUGUCAAGAAGGCGUGUGAUAUCUGCAAACAAUCAAAAGCUAAAUGCUCAGGAGAGACGCCAACAUGCUCUAGGUGUCAAAAGUUGAAACACCAAUGCACAUACAAUGCUGUUGACCAACGGGAUCACCGCAAGGACAUGAAGGGGCAGCUCCAGCGGCAGAAAGAGGAAAAUACCCAAUACAAGGAGAUCCUGAACCACAUCAAAACUGCGAGCCUUCCUGAUUUGCGGAAGACCAUGACAGUCCUUCGUAACCCCACAGGAACUAGUAUAGAAGAAUUAUUAAUGUUCAUCCGGAAUGACGGCAAAUCCAUUCUGUCGAAGCAAGAUAUUAGGCCAACACCUGCAACUACGGAUUUGACUCUCCUAGGAAACUCGCAAGUUGAAACAACAGAUCAGACAGUACCAGAGCAGAUAAGUCUAGGGAUAAUAGAUGAUAGGCCGUUAUCGGAUUUAAAUCUGACCGCGGAGCCCUGGACUACCAUAACCGACGAUGACGAGCUAGUGUCCCACUUGAUAUCUUCCUAUAUUGCAUGGGACACUGUAGCGUGGAAUUGGUUCGAUGUCGAUAUAUUCUUGGAAGGUAUGGUGCAAAAAGAUUUUACAUACUGUACUCCACUCUUAGUCAACUGCAUCCUAGCUUUAGCUUGUCACCUGUCACCAAGAAUACCGGUCCGCUCUGACCCGCACAAUCCAAACAGCCUUGGCCACCGAUUUAUCGAGGAGGCAAUACACCUGUGGCAUGUAGAAUGUAACCAACCAAAGUUGACGACUAUCAUUAGUGGCAUGCUUCUGUGUGAAGUUGUCAGCGUCAAUGGGAAGGACCAUUUGGGCUACAUGCUCUUUCAAAGUACAGUUUCUCUAUACCAUAGACUUUUUGAGCAACGAGAAUCAUCAGGGAAGCUACGACGGGACGAGAAAAUGGAAAGAGCACUGGGAACCACUAUUUGGGGGCUAUUUAGAUUAUCGACGUUUUUUACACUACUCAAUAAGAAGAAACCGCCGAUGGAUAUACCAACAAUUAAGCUGCCGGAGAAUAGGUAUGGUGACGAGAAUGCAGACAAUGGCAGCCGAAAGCAACUAAAUCCAAUAUUGUCACUUUGGCGACCAUACCCCUAUACUCAACCAGCCGAACCAUGUCGACUUGAAGAGAGCGUCCGAAUGUGCUCGGAUAUAUGCGUGAUUCUCCAUGACUUGAUCGUAUCACAAACAGCAGGGACGGAGGCGGACCUAAGAGCCCUCACCGUAAAACAGAAAAAGGACUUAUACGUCAGAGCUAUAGAAUGGAAACGGGAUAUACCCAGAGGUCUCAACUUGGGUGAUACGGUCGCUCCGUUCGUUAUUACUCCUCAUUUGGGUUAUUUUCAGCUCAUACUCGAGCUUUCGAAUGCCCCAUUGGAUCCCGCGGACACGGAGCCGGAAGAACUAGCUACAUUCCGUGAAGAAGUAAAAGGUUGGUAUAAGCAAGGAAAGGCAGGUUUAUUACACCUAUUAGGGGAAUACGACAAGAACUAUAGCUUUGCCUUCAUUCCAGAGACCAUGUUGCUAGGGCUUAUGUAUGCUGCAAAGAUAAUAAUCGAGGAACUCGCCCCUAUCGCCGAAUCAACAAAAAGGGGGGGAACAUCACCAGAUUGUGACAGCCCCUUAGAUAUCUUGACAGAACUCACUAAAGAUUCAGAGGAACCUCUAGCGACUCUCGGGGCUAUUUUUGAGAAAACCAUCGGAUGGUUAUGUAGUGUCAGUGAGCAGUUUUUCACUGCAAAGCUGUACGCCAGAGCGCUGCAGUUAAGCGGGGAGUCCCUGAACGUGGUUCUGAGUGAUGCGACGAAAAAGAGACUGGACAGUCUAUUUUCGGUGGGAGAUGGAAGUAAAUCGAGGUGGAUAGAACAGCUUUAUAAGGCAGAUUCGAUACUGACGCUGAGUUUGGGACGUGGGACGGAUAGUGUGGUGGAUGUGAUUGAAAAGUUGGAUGGCUUGAAGGUGUAA